AUGAUUCAAUGCCUUGGGAUGAGUGUGACCGUUUUGUUAUGUGCUUGGCUUUAUGUGUUGAUGCAAAUCGUUCCGAUGCCUCAAUUCAUGGUCACUGGCGCGAAUUUGUUUUGGAUUUUGUCGAAUGGGAGCAUGAUGAUUUUCUAUCUUUUUGUCAACAAAGCGAUGAGGAAAGAAGUGCAAAAGAUUUUGAGGAAACACUGUUUGCUGAAAGUGAAACCAAAGCCUGUUUAUGGUUGUGAAUGUAAG